AUGUCUUCCCCGGCCGUCUACGUUUCAGACAACGAAGACGAUAGUCAAGGAAUCCCUGUUCCCAGAGGGGACAAAGUUUUUAUCCAAGCGGGAGAUAAAUUUGGUCCGCAUUUCAGGUCCCAAUCGACCCAUGCUUCCCUUGGCGCCCUUCGUCGCCAUUGUAACAUUCCCCAAGAAAUAGAAUUCUCUCUUCCUGGACCAAAUGAGUCUCCAGAAAUGGUGCGAGAGGGAACUGUUGCGCGGAUCACUUUUCCCCAAAUGGCUCCCAACUUCCUUAGGUACAUCCUGAGUACCCUGACCGUUUCAGCGGAGGCGGGGUUUUCUCUCACCACCAGCGAACUCUUAGGGCUAUUUCGAGCCCGUGACUCUGCGGCAGCGGCGGGGCUCGCUAUUAAGGAUGGUAAAACUCACCCUCUUGAACCUCCUCCUGAAGAGAAAGAUGUUUCGAGCCUGAAUGCUCGAGAUAAAAGAAAAAUCCAGGCUGAGAUUAAGGCUCUUAAGGAUCAAUUAUCCGAAAUUGGGAAAAAGAAGCGGAUAGCUGCAAUCUCCAAGGUUGGUAGCUUCCACAGGAAGACCCUCUUAGUUGAUGACGGUUCCUUAGAAGCGGCUUUGUCAAGUGCGGUGGAUUCUCAUGGAGCCGAUAUCCCUAACGACCCCCCAGUUGCCACCGCCAUUUGCUCUUCUGCACAAGAGAGGGAGAGAGAAGAAACUCCUCCUCUUUGCACAAAGAGGAAGACUCCAGACUCGGAUACUUUAUCAAACGAGAGACUCAACCACUCUGAGCUCCCUUUUUCGGGAGACAGAGCAAUUCUAGAAGAAAUCGAUGAGCCGAGACCUGAGACUUCCCUAUCCCAAGGACUGAGUGUUAGGACUCAAAGCCCUUUAACCGCUUCGAUUUCUGAUGGAGAAGAGAUUGGAGACAUCUUCCGAGGUUUUCAAACCAGGGAAGGGGCGUCCCUUCCUCCUUUUUUGGUUUGGAGGCCGGAAAUCCGCCAGAUGUUUGCGUUUAUGGAGACUAAUGGAAUGAUCUUCCAUUAUGAGAACCUUCUUCACCAAGCGAUGAGAGAAAUAGCAAAGGAUAAAAAGGCGGUUGAUGAACUUAGACUAGCCAAUCAGUCUGAGCGAUCUGAGAAAGCAAGAGCCCUUGAAUCAUCCUUUGAGAAUAUGAAGAAAACUCUAACAGCUAACGAGCAACGCAUCAGAAUUGCGGACACUGAAAGAGAUUCUACGAGGUCUAAUGCUCUUCGCUUAGAAUCCGAGCUAGAAGAGACUACAGCUUUGCUCGAAGAAACGAAUCAAAAGACCGAGCUUUUGAUUAGGAAUAGAGCUCGCGAUAUUGCUGAAGCUGAACAUAACGCUCGAGAAGAGGUGAGGGGCAUUGGUAGGCAACUCAUUCAGUCUAUCAUGAAGUUUGUCCAAGACGAGGAAGUCUGGACUAAGCUUCAGUCCGAUCGAGCCGAGCUGAAGAGUAAUCUAGAUCUGAUUGGGGGAAUAGAGAGUGGAAGAAUUUCGCUAGAGGAUGAGAGGAGGGAAGUUUCUGCUGAGCUCGCUAUAGUUGAAUCCGAGUUAUCUUCGGCUUCCCGCCCUUCUAUUGAUUUGGAACCAUUCUCUUUGGUAUUUGGAGACUCCCCCUCCCAAUUCGAGGUUGGCGAAGGUUCUCGGCCAUACGAAAGUUCUCCAGAGGUAUAG